CAAUCUUAUCUAACUUAUCGACUUUCCGGUAUCUUAUCGACGCCUCCCAGUGGAAAAGAUAUUCUUGAGUUUCCUCGGCCACACGUGUCCAACGGAAACACAAGAGUCUUACGAAAGGCUUGAAUUGACGAAAAUGUCUCUGAUCGCGAUUUGCCUAGAAAAUUCUACACAGUACAGCACAGUGUACGAAUAAACUCAAGGGUAGGAGGAGAUGACCUUCUAGCCAGGCACCAAACUCUAUAGGAAUCACGGCAUGCCCACUGCCCAGGUGAUAUUUGAAUGGUGGAUGUGAAUGGUGGCGGAUGCUGCCAGUACCCAAUUUUACUUUAUAUUGAUCGACAAAUACUCCUUCUUAUCCAAUCAUAUCGACAUGAAUCUCUUCCUCGCCAGAAAAAAAAGGUGCCCUUUCAUCACUCCCUCAGUCAUAUAACGUUCGAACGAGGCUUCGAAAGAAGCUACUUGCAUCCUUCGUAUUAACUCCAAUUGGAAACCUCACAUGGUGUCAAGUCUCUCACAACCUCAGAUAUUCAAUUGUUGUCAGAUGUGUUGGAAGUUUCCAUUGAUUCUGCUAUCCCAGACUGUUGGUUUUGACGAGAUUUCUGACUGUCUCCAACCACUUUUACUUUCGUUUUCUACACAAUGCCAGGCACACAUCUUCCGAAAUACAGUUCUUCUUUGUCGUCUUUCAUGAUGCAGGUAUAAUGCCUUUGUUACAAAUACAAAACGAUGCCCAAAUAUGGAUUGAACAACAGUACAAUCUUGGCUACAUAAAGCCGCCUUCCCUUGUCAAUUAGUACCAUAUUCUUCAUCUACUCACGAGUUCCUUACAUUUCACAAAGAAAACUCCAGAAUACGUCUUUGUCAAGAAAACUACAAGUAUCAAUCAACGGUAAGCAUAACUUUCCGCAAAUAUGUCCGCAGCCUUCAAUUACGAUGCGAAUCUCGCCAAUGUUUUGAAUGAUCCCGAACGACUUAAACAGAGAUACGAUCCAUAUGAAGAUCCCGACAAUUAUACUACCGGCGAGUCAGAAGUUCUAACACCCAUAGAGUAUCUCGAGCGCGGCCACGCUGUUCUUGAAGCUAACAGAAUCGCUAUCAAUAAUACUCCCCACCAAGAUGUUGCAUAUCCCGACUGGAACAUCCGAUAUGGCAUGGAAACAGUUCUCACGGAGCUUGGAGUUGAGUAUGAAGGUAACUACUGGUCGAGAUACAGUCUCUCCUCCAAAGAAGUUGUGAACCCGGCGAACAAGGAAAAGUAUCAAUAUCUCUGGUCUGCUAAUGUAGCCGAAAUCUAUGCAUCUGCGAAGUUUGGGACUUUUUUCACUCUGAACCAGUGGGCAGAUGCAGAUCUUGACAAUCCAGAUAUGUAUACGCCCCGUCUCUGGAAUAGCGAGCUCUUAUUUCAAGCGUGGCGCGAUGCAUGCUAUACAUAUGUUUCUCCAACUGGGGGGGAUGUAGAAAUCAUGCACCCUUUGCAGAUGCAAAAACUCAAGUAUGUCAUCAUUGCCCCGAUAUCCAACGUUGGAACCUACACAACGAUUUGUGAUGCACUCAAAAUCAAAGGACUUUCAAUUGCGGAUAACAAAUACAACAUGGUUACUUUCUCAUGCAACGACAUUUCCACAGCAAGUGCUGAAUUUGCGAUGUUGAUGGGAACUACCAACGCAAGGCCGGUCGUUAGAAUGCUUGCUGAUCAUGUAGAGAGCUUAGGUGCGAAACGAGUUGUAAAAAUUCAUGCUUGGUUAUCCAUGCCCCAGUUCGAGUGCCCAAUGUUGGUUUUUGAAUUAGCGGGCGAAGAUCCUCCCGCUCCUACUCCUGCUCCUACUCCUGCUCCUAAACCCAUGAAGAUCAGUAGAAAAAUCGGUACCAAGGUACAAAGCUUGAUGAAGAAGUUUCAAAACUGAGAGGUGAGUUCUGAGCGACUAUUUCCCAUUUUCUUUAACAUUAUUUCAAGAGCGCUGGUCCUCAUAAAAAAAAU